AUGGCUUUAUUGGAGAAGUUGCAUCGAAGGAUUGUUGAUAUGGGGCUUGUCCCACGCAUCAUCGCAUCAUUACCAGUUGUUUCCAUGGUAUGCGCCCUUUUUGGGUUUAUUUCUAUCGCUAUUCUGCCUAUGGAUGGACAGUACAGAAGAACAUAUAUUUCUGAGAAUGCAUUAAUGCCGUCACAAGCGUACAGUUACUUCAGAGAAUCCGAAUGGAACAUUUUGAGGGGAUAUCGAUCUCAGAUUGAAGAAAUGGUAAAUAUGACUUCUAUGGAGAGAAAUAACAUAAUGGGUUCCUGGUUGCAAGAAUUUGGUACCAAGACUGCUAUCUAUGAAAAUGAACAAUAUGGAGAAACUUUGUAUGGUGUAAUGCACGCUCCCAGGGGUGAUGGGACAGAGGCAAUGGUGCUUGCUGUUCCAUGGUUUAAUUCAGAUGAUAAAUUCAAUGUUGGUGGUGCGGCAUUAGGUGUAUCCUUAGCUAGGUUUUUUUCACGUUGGCCAGUAUGGUCCAAGAAUAUAAUUAUUGUUUUCAGUGAAAACCCCUGUGCAGCUUUAAGAUCAUGGGUUGAGGCAUACCAUACUUCCUUAGAUUUAACUGGUGGUUCCAUUGAAGCUGCUGUGGUAGUUGAUUAUUCAAGUGCAGAAGAUUUUUUUGAGUAUGUGGAGAUUUCUUAUGACGGUCUAAACGGUGAGCUGCCCAAUUUAGAUCUCGUCAACGUCGCUAUAUCCAUUACCGAACAUGAAGGUAUGAAAGUUUCUCUGCAUGGUCUACCCCUUGACCAGUUGACCAUCAAUAAUUACUGGUCAAGAUUGAAAGUACUAUGUUUAGGAAUAAGGGAUUGGGCAUUGGCUGGUGUUAAAAAUCCCCAUGGUAACGAGGCAUUCAGCGGUUGGAGAAUCCAAUCUGUAACGUUGAAGGCACAUGGGAACAGCGGCCAUGAUAUCACUACUUUUGGACGUAUACCAGAAGCAAUGUUUCGUUCCAUCAACAAUCUUUUGGAGAAAUUCCAUCAGUCGUUUUUCUUUUAUUUGUUACUAGCGCCACGUCAAUUCGUAUCCAUUAGUAGUUAUUUACCAAGUGCCGUGGCUUUAUCAGUAGCAUUCGCCAUAAGUUCAUUAAACGCCUUUAUAAACAAUACUUAUGCAAGUAUAUCCAUAUUUUCUGAGUAUAAUCUAGUGGCGUUGUUGGUCUGGUUCAUAUCAUUGGUCAUAUCAUUUGUCGUUUCACAAGUAUUUCUUCUACUACCUUCUGCAGGAUUAUUGAUGGCGAUUAGUAUGAUUUCUUGUUUUUUGCCUCUAAUACUGUCCAAGAAAGUUCAUAUAUCAGAACCACUAUCAUACAGGUUAAAGAAUGUUGCAUUUUUAUAUUUCAGUUUGGUUUUAACAUCGCUACUAAUGAUAAAUUUUGCUAUGGCUUUGCUGAUCGGUACAUUGGCCUUUCCAAUGACAUUGGUAAAGACUAUUAUUGAAAGUUCUGGCGAGCAUGAAGUAAGCGCUAAACCUUAUAUCUCAAUAAAAACUGAGCCCAAAGAAGAGACAGAGCUCAUUGAGAAUUAUGAAGAUAUAAUGCCGGGGAAAAGUCAACAAAGACAAGAAUUAAAGAACCUACUGUUAUUAGUAUUGACAAACCCAUUCAUUUCGAUAACUAUAUUUGGAUCAUUUUUUGAUGAUGAAUUUCAAGGAUUUGAUGUAAUAAAUAAACUUGUUUCAGCAUGGCUAGAUUUGAAAUGUUGGAGUUGGUUCGUCCUUUGCAUAGGUUGGCUGCCAUGCUGGUUGUUGGUCUUAGCAUCAUCAUUUGAAUCUAAACGUGUUAUGUUGAAGUCAAAAGAAAAGCAAAGUUAA